UUUUAUUUUUUUUUUUAUUUUUUUCCUAUUUUUUACAUGAUAAAUAUUUAAACAGAUAUGCCUAAAUCAUUUCAGUGAGGUGUGUGUUUUCAUCAAUUAACCAUUUAUGAAAUUCUACAGAUAUACGACAUACGAUCCAACAAUCGAAGAUUCAUAUCGAAAGCAAGUUGUCAUUGAUGACCAUCCCUGUAUACUGGAAGUACUUCCCAUAAAGGGAGAGUAUAAUACAUUACGUGAUCAAUGGAUUAGAGACGGACAAGGGUUUCUUUUAGUCUAUUCUAUAUCCGAACGUUCAACAUUUGAACGGAUAGAGCAUUUCUGGGAUCAAAUCGCUCGUGUGAAAGGCACUGUUGAUAAUGUUCCAAUUAUGCUUGUUGGUAACAAAUGUGAUAAAAUUACUGAACGCGAAGUCUCAAGAGAAGAAGGGAUGAAUAUGGCAAGAAGACUUAAUUGUGAAUUUAUUGAAAGUUCGGUAUUGAUGUGUGUAAAUGUUGAGAGAGCAUUUUAUACAGUAGUUAGGAUGAUACGCACAAAUAGAGAUAAAAAAGAAAAUAAUGAAAAUGAAGUAAUUAUAAAGCCUGAUCCUACGAUUCUUUUACAAAAGAAAAAAGAUCUUUUUUUCAAAUUACUUAGUUAAUAAUAGUUUUCUUUAUUCAAGUUAUCAUAUUUUGAAAUUUUUAUUUUUUUGAUCAUGUAUAUAAUACAAUUGAAUGAUUUAUUUUUAUUUAUAAAAUUUACAAAUCAAAUUAAAAAUAUAUAAAUAAAACAACAUCCCAAACUGGCUAGAAUUAGCGAAAUUUUCUACAACCAGGACUAACUGUUGAAAUCUCGAAUUCCUAUUUCUUCAAGGGAUGAAUCGGAUGAUCCAAAACAUUCCUACAUUAUAUUAUCCAUUGUCUUUACAUCCAUGUUGA